AUGUUCGCAAAAUCCGCCGUGGCGUCUGUCUUCCGUGACACAGCCAGUUUCAAGAGCAAUCAUAUUGUGUUUCCAGGUCGGUUUUGCGGCGGACUGAGGUUCCCCGAGACGAUCGUGUCGACCGGAAGCCGCAUGCUCGUGUCUUACGUCACUUCUGUCAACCAGAAUGGCCAUAAGGGUUUCACGUCCUCGUAUGAAGCUGUUUGUGGAGGAGAGCUCUCAAUGGAACAAGGACACCUAGAGAGCCCCAAUUAUCCAGAUGAUUACCGAUCCAACAAGGAAUGCAUUUGGAAAAUUACCGUCCCCAUUGGCUAUCAGGUGGCAUUGCGGUUUCAUUCCUUUGAGAUUGAGAAUCAUGACGACUGUGUAUAUGAUUAUUUGGACAUUCGAGAUGGCCAUGAGGAAAAUUCAACGCUGAUCGGUGUAUUUUGUGGAUACAAGAAACCAGAGGAUAUCAAGUCCUCUACUAAUAAAAUGAGAAUAAAAUUUGUGACAGAUGGGUCUGUUCAGAAAGCAGGAUUUUCUGCAACAUUUAUGAAAGAGUAUGAUGAGUGUGCAAGUUUGGACCAUGGCUGUGAACACAUUUGUAUAAAUCAGCUUGGAGGUUAUGAAUGUCAGUGUAAAAUAGGGUAUGAACUUCACUCAGAUGGGAAAAGGUGUGAAGAUGCAUGUGGAGGGCAGAUCGACCAAGCCAAUGGGACCAUAACAAGUCCUUCUUUCCCAGACUUGUAUCCAGUAAACAAGAACUGCAUUUGGGAAAUUAUUGCACCUCCUCAGUACAGAAUCACCCUAAAUUUCACACACUUUGACCUAGAGGGAAAUAACCAAGACUGUGAGUAUGACAGUGUUGACAUACGCAGCAAGUUAGGAACCUCUGAAAUGAGAAAACAUGGAGUGUUCUGUGGACAGCGAUUACCACUGGUCAUAACAUCCGAAGGUAACAGCCUGCGGAUAGAAUUCAACUCUGAUAAUUCCGUUCAGAAAAGUGGAUUUGCUGCUGUCUUCUUUACUGACAAGGAUGAGUGUGCAACAGACAAUGGUGGUUGCCAGCACAUCUGCAAAAAUACCAUCGGCUCGUAUGUUUGUUCAUGCCUCAAUGGCUUCACUCUGCAUGAGAACAGACAUGACUGUAAGGAGGGAGGGUGCAAGCAUGAAAUAACAGCCCCUGUGGGGGAGAUCUUUAGUCCAAAUUACCCCGACUACUACCCAAGUCGGAAAGACUGUGUGUGGCAGUUCACAACCACUCCGGGACACAGAAUAAAAUUGGUAUUUGAUGAAUUUGAGAUGGAGCCCCACCAGGAGUGUACCUACGACCACAUUGCUCUCUAUGAUGGGACUACCUCAGAGACUGGGUUCCUUGGCCGUUAUUGUGGUGCAAAAGUACCACAUCCAAUAGUGGCUUUUAAUAAUCAAAUGUUCAUGGUGUUCAAGUCUGAUUCAUCUGUUCAGCGCAGAGGUUUCCGAGCAAGACACACUACAGUUUGUGGAGGUGGCCUUAAAGCUACAAGCACUGUCAAGCACAUGUAUUCACAUGCGAAGUAUGGAGACCAGAAUUAUGAUAACAAGGAGGACUGUGACUGGAUUAUUCAGGCAGCACAGGGUGAAAAUGUUCAUCUCACUUUCCUCACCUUUGAACUUGAAGAUGAACAUGACUGUGGAUAUGACUACGUAGAAGUGUUCUCGGGUUACAGUGACUCUGGGCCCUCAUAUGGGAAAUUCUGUGGCAAUACGAUUCCCCAGGAGAUUGUGUCCAUCAACGAUGCCCUCUUGGUGAGAUUCCGAACAGACGACACAAUCAACACUAAAGGAUUCUCGGCUGCUUAUGUAGCCAUUGGUGAUACUUUGGCAGAAAACAGUACUGGUGAUAACAAUAGUUUCAGCUAUAGCUUCUCCAGAGGCUAUUAGCAAGUGCAAAACAGAGAGAAAAAGAAUAACCUAAAUAGAUAAAAAAGGAGUCCAUUUUCAUAUGAUCACUUAUUCCGAGCCUUUGCUCUUUUGUCAUUAAACCUCUGGGGUUUAGAUUUGACAUUGUAAAUAAGCAGCAGUUUCCCCUGGGUAAAAUUAGUCUCAAACUGUAGACAAGAAACAAAACAAAAAAUAUUUGAAAAAAUAAAAAAAAUGAAAAAUGAAAAAAAAGUGAGCUGAUAGAAAGAGAUAUUUCAUUACCAGUCAAUUCAAUCUCAUCUGUGAAAUAUCUUUUUUUUUCUUUCAUUUUCUUCAAUUUUAUUGAUUUUUUUUGUACAACAACCCUUAACAUCUGCCAAACAUUAUCAUCUCUCAGUUAAAUGUUUAUAGACUGUAGAUAAACAAUGGUAGUGUUUAUUACUGUGUACAUUUUUAUGUUCUUGAUAAUGCCAAUAUAUGGCUGUGUAAAAUUUGUAGUCAACUUUUAUGUUGUAAGUUAGGGGGGGGGGCAAGUACUUUACAAUGCAAGUACUUAUAUAGUUGCUUCAUGUCACACACUUUGGGAUGAACUCUUUUAAUUGUAGAUGGGAAACUCUUAGGUAGGAGACAUGUGUCAUAAGUUAAAAAGAGAGAAUAUACCAUAAUGUCUUUUUCUGUUGUUUCAUAUUGAUAGAAAUAUGAUUUUCUUUUACUAUGAUAUAAGUUACACAAAAAAAAACAAACAAAAAAAUCUUCCCAUGUAACUGGUUUGAAAUGAGACUUGAGGAAUUAACAUGAUAUUUUCCAUAGGCUAAGAUUGGUGCUGGUGUUAAAUUUGUGCUGCCAUUCAGGUAAGGAU